GAUCGAACCGUUUGGCUGGUGGGGCGCGAGCGCGAGGUGACGACGGCGACGCUUCAGUUGAGUGCGGGUGUAGUGCUCCUGCGACUUCGGCCUGUCCACUUUUUAGGGGGUGCCGAGGGGCGUGGGGGUACGGCCGUCCGCACAAUAAUCUGCGCUGCGCGGAAGAAGGGAAGGGGAAAAGCAGUUAAGCUUGAGCGCGCGCGACAGGGUCAAGUCGAGGGCCGGGGAAUCGCCGGAGAAUGGAGGUGGGCAGGGCUCCGCGACGACGGGUGUCCCCAGCGGCGGCGGCGGCGGCUGUGCCUUCGCUGCUUCUGUUCGCCGUUCUAUUCGGCGCCGGCGCGACGGCGCUGUACAAGCACGCGUCGUUCUUCGACCGCGAUGGCGACGGCGUCGUCUCCUUCUCGGAGACGUACGGCGCGUUUCGGGCACUCGGGUUUGGAUUCGGCCUGUCCAGCGUCAGCGCUGCCCUCAUCAAUGGCGCCCUUGGUAGCAAGUGCAGACCUCAAAAUGCAACGUCAUCGAAGUUGGAUAUCUACAUAGAGGACAUCCAGAAAGGGAAACAUGGAAGCGAUUCAGGGUCAUACGACGCCGAAGGAAGGUUUGUUCCUGACAAGUUCGAAGAGAUAUUCGCCAAGCACGCCAAGACUGUCCCAGACGCCCUGACGUCGGACGAGAUCGACCAGCUGCUGCAGGCGAACAGAGAGCCCGGGGACUACAGCGGAUGGGCUGGCGCUGAAGCGGAGUGGAAGACCCUCUACAGCCUCGGCAAGGACAAGGACGGCCUCCUCCGCAAGGACGUCGCGAGAAGCGUCUACGACGGGACACUGUUCCACAUGCUCGCGCCCAACUGGAAAUCUCCCGACGAGGAGGAGGAACAGGAACUAAGCGUGAUCCGGGAGAGCUGAACCGAGAGGUACAAGCAAAGUCUGGUUGAGAGAUAAGGACUCUGGGACCCUCUGAACAUGCUGUCAAGCAACAUGUACUACUAGCGGUGUGAACGGGUGGUGUGAACACUCUUUUCAUAUCACAUCAUAAAAAAAGGUGUGAACAGAUAUUUCAAUGUACAUUAUCAUAAAAUAAGAUAAAUUCAUAAUUCAAAUAAAAA